UCAGGCUCUGUUCAGUCACAAGAACUGCAGAUGUAUGUUUGCACCUUACAACCGACUUACUCUAAGGACAAGUAAUGUGGGUGGGAAAUUUUCCUGCUUCAGAAAUCAUGGAGGGGUGGAGCUCUGACUCAAGGUAAUAAAACACCUGUUCAGCAACUUCUGACACUCUUCAAGACUGUAAAUAUGUUUCAGAAGACACUGGCAACUGUGGAACCUAGUAUUAGGGUGCCAUUUGCAGCACCCAUUUUCAAUGCAGCAGUGAUCUCGAUGGCAUCAACAUCUGCCUUAUCUCAGCAUCCCAGCAGCAAAUCAAGCACAUUGCAAAAUGAAGGACAAAAAUGGAUGGUGCAGGAUACAGAGCAGAGUGAUGUUGAUGCUGAGCAGGAAGAAAUAUCACUUUACUCCCUGCUCACUGUAAGAAUCAUAAAGAUGACAAAUGCUCAUCAGGCAGACUUCUUAAGCCAGUCUGAUUGCUACGUGAGUCUCUGGUUGCCAACUGCUUCAGAUGAGAAAUUCCAAACAAAAACCAUCAAGAACUGCAAAGAUCCUGUGUGGAAUGAAACUUUCUACUUCCGGAUACAGAGAAAAGUCAAGAAUAUUCUAGAAAUGACUGUUUCUGAUGAUGACAUCUUUCACGAUGAUGACCAUGCUAUUGUUCUUUUUGAUGUAGCUAAAAUCUCCCUUGGGAAAAGAGUGAUGGUGGCAUUUCCUUUGAAUCCGCAGGGGAGUCAGGAGCUGGAAGUUGAGUUUCUCUUGGAGAACAUCCAGGAUCAUCCUGAAACCAUCACCACAAAUGGGGCAGUAGUGUGCCGUGAGCUGGCCUGCUUGGAAAUUGAGUUUGACAGCAGGGUGAAAAAAAAACAGUUUGCAGAGAAUGAGCUAACGUUUACAGUGAGAGGAUCAUUUGAAGAAAUGCAGAGAGUUUCACUGGGCUCUGGCUCCCGUUCCCCUCUCCCAGAUCCCACUCUCUUCCACUAUGCCAAAUACAAGCAACCCUCAUUGGAUGUUGCACUCACAAAGAAGAGGAGGAUUCCCAGCUUUUGUGCUUGUGUGGCAUGCAGAGAAAGGAGGAGCAGAAGCAUCCCCCUGACUUUACCUCUGAAGUCACUCCCUUCUGAGCAGGAAGCAGUCAGCAAGUGCAGAAAAUUUGGUUUGCUCUUAAAGACAAAAAAAUGCCACGAAGACCUUGAUGUACGCCUGGGCUUUGACUUGUGUGCUCAGGAACAGGAUUUCAUUUGCAAAAGGAAGAAGGUUGUUGCGGCUGCUCUGAAGGACAUUCUUCAGUUGGAGGAGGACUUGGAGGAUGAUGAGGUACCUGUGGUGGCAAUCAUGACCACGGGUGGUGGAACCAGAGCUCUCACAGCCAUGUACGCUCACCUUCUGAGCGUGCAGGAACUGAAUGUCUUGGACUGUGUUUCCUACGUCACCGGUCUGUCUGGCACAACGUGGACCAUGGCAAACUUGUAUGAAGAUCCUGACUGGUCGCAGAAGAAUCUUAAGAAAACACUCAAUGAUAUCCGAAGGCACGUGCUUAAAAAUAAGUUCUUGGCUUGUUUUGCUCCAGACCGUCUGAAAUACUACUUGAAAGAGUUAUGCCAAAGGAAACAGGAAGGACAUCAGAUAAGUUUCACAGAUCUGUGGGGACUCAUCAUUGAAUCUAUGUUCCGUGACAAGGAGGACACCCAGAAGCUCACAGAUCAGCAGCAGGCACUAAACCGUGGUCAGAAUCCCCUGCCCAUCUACCUCUCCCUCAAUGUGAAGGAUAAAAUCAGUGACCAGGAUUUUAGAGAAUGGGUGGAAUUCACUCCUUAUGAGGUAGGAUUCCUAAAAUAUGGUGCCUAUAUUCGUGCAGAAGAUUUUGGCAGUGAGUUCUUCAUGGGUCGUCUGAUGAAGAAAAUCCCAGAAUCCAGAAUUUGCUUUUUGGAAGGGAUCUGGAGCAGUGUAUUUUCCCUGAAUCUUUUGGAUGCUUGGUACAUAUCUGUUCAUUCCGAAGACUUCUGGCACAAGUGGACCCGAGACAAAAUUACUGACAUAGGUGAGUUAUUUUUAUACCAUUUUUUUUUUCUUUUUCUUUCUUUUUUUUUUUCUCACACAUUUUUUCAAAGCAAUUUUGGAAUUUCUUCUUCAGGACAUUCUGUAAUCAACAUGGAAACUAGGAGAAAAUUCAUGCUAGGUAUUNNGAUGAACAACAACUACUUAGAGAGCGAAUUUUCUAAAUGGAAAGACUGUGAGCUUGACUUGCAGCCCAACCACCUGACAGGAGCAGCAGACUACCUCAUCUUGAUCGACACUGCAUUUGUCUUUGCUACUAGUUACCCACCACUCAUGAGACCAGAAAGGAAAGUGGAUGUCAUUUUGCAUUUCAACUACAGUUCAGGUUCCCAGACCAGGCCUCUGAAAGAAGCCUCUGAGUACUUUGCAAAACAAGGAAUUCCUUUCCCUAAGGAGGUGCCAGAUGAUCAGGAAACACCACAUCUGAAGGAAUGUUACAUUGUUGGUGAAAAGGAAAGCCCAGAAACCCCUAUUGUGAUAUUCUUCCCUCUGGUAAAUGACACCUUCAGGGAAUACAAAGCACCUGGGGUGAGACGUAGUCCCUCAGAGAUGGCAGAUGGUGAUGUUGAUGUUACCAAUAGCUGUGGUCCAUACUACAUAAACAACCUGAGUUAUUCAGAAAAAGAUUUUGACAAACUGGUGAACCUAAGCUACUACAACGUCCAGAAUAAUAAAGACCUGAUUCUCCAGGCCUUGCGUGCAGCGGUGGAACGGAAAAAGCAGCAAAAGAAACAGCAACCACUGCAAAAACCACCACUUCCAGCUGAUGAUGACAUGGGUGUGCCCAACAGAGAGGUGUCCCAGCAUCUGCCCACCUGCUCAACAGUAGAGAAAAUGAAAUAAAACAUCCACAAGCACUGCUAAUGGAAAAAAAAAAAAAAAAAAAAAA